CCACGUGUGGUUAAAGGUCUACUAAACGAUAUCCACGACUUGUGAAGCACUCUGUUCGUACCGGUGUUUACUUCGUUUGGUGCGUAGGAAGGUGGAACAAAAUGAGUAGGAAUUUCUGGAUAUUUGGUCUUCUUGGCCUACUAUUCUUAACAGGAUGUGCAAUGGCAGAAGAGGCAAAAGGUGAAGCUACAGUAGAGGAUGAUAUUGGUAGCAGCAGAGAUGGUUCCAAAACAGACGAUGAAGUUGUGCAAAGGGAGGAAGAAGCUAUAAAAUUGGACGGACUUAGUGUAGCAGAAAUAAAACAGAUGCGAGAAUCUGCUGAAAAACAUGAAUUUCAAGCUGAAGUAAACCGAAUGAUGAAGCUUAUUAUUAACUCACUUUAUAAAAACAAGGAGAUUUUCCUCAGAGAGUUGAUCUCAAAUGCAUCCGAUGCCUUGGACAAGAUACGACUGUUGUCACUUACUGAUAAAGCAGCAAUGGAUGCUACAGAAGAAAUGAGUAUUAAAAUUAAGGCUGAUAAGGAUAAUCAUAUGAUGCAUAUAACAGAUACAGGUAUUGGAAUGACCAAAGAUGAUCUAGUUAAAAAUCUCGGCACAAUUGCAAAGUCUGGAACCAGUGAAUUUUUCGACAGAUUAUCUAAUGGGGAAGGUGGAGAGGCGAGCGAUCUGAUUGGACAGUUCGGUGUGGGAUUCUACUCUGCGUUCUUAGUUGCUGAUAGAGUUGUCGUAACAUCCAAGCAUAAUGAAGAUAAGCAAUAUAUUUGGGAGUCAGACUCGAGCGAGUUUACUAUUACAGAAGACCCUCGUGGUGACACGCUCAAACGAGGUACCACAAUCAGCUUGCAUUUGAAAGAAGAAGCUUACGAUUAUUUGGAGCCAGAUACCAUUGAAAAACUUGUCAAGAAGUACAGUCAAUUUAUCAACUUCCCCAUCUAUUUGUGGGCAAGCAAGACUGAAACAGUUGAAGAACCAAUUGAAGAAGAGGAAGAAGAAGCUGCACCUGCAGAUGAGAAGAAAGAAGAUGAGGAGAAGAAAGAGGAUGAGGAUGAAGAUGCAGCGGUAGAGGAGGAAGAUGAGGGAGAGAAGAAACCAAAGACAAAAAAAGUUGAAAAAACUACCUGGGAUUGGAAACUGAUGAAUGAGAGCAAACCUAUCUGGACCAGAAACCCCAAAGAUGUUACUGAUGAAGACUACAACGAGUUCUACAAGAGCUUCACCAAGUCCUCAGAAGAACCUAUCUCAAAGACGCACUUCACCGCAGAAGGCGAGGUCACGUUCAAGUCCAUCCUCUUCAUUCCACAGAAAGCUCCUCAAGGAAUGUUCCAGGAGUAUGGAAAGAAGGUGGAUCACAUUAAGAUGUAUGUUCGACGUGUUUUCAUCACCGAUGAUUUUGAGAACAUGAUGCCCAAAUACUUGAACUUCGUGCAAGGUGUGGUUGAUUCUGAUGACCUGCCAUUAAACGUGUCCCGUGAGACAUUGCAACAACACAAGCUUCUUAAGGUUAUCAAGAGGAAAUUGGUCAGAAAGACAUUGGACAUGAUUAAAAAAAUGGAUGAUAAAAAAUUCACUGAUGAGUUCUGGAAGGAGUACGGAACCAACAUCAAAUUGGGAAUCAUUGAGGAUAACAGUAACCGUUCUCGUCUGGCUAAGUUGGUGCGAUUCAGCUCAUCCAAUUCCGAAGAUGGCAUCACCAGUCUUCCAGAAUAUGUUGAAAGGAUGAAAGAGAAGCAAGAACACAUAUACUUCAUGGCUGGAAAUGGAAGAAAAGAGGUUGAGACUUCACCAUUUGUUGAACGACUUCUGAAGAAAGGUUACGAGGUCCUGUACUUGACGGAGCCUGUCGAUGAAUACUGCAUCCAAUCCCUGCCAGAAUUUGAUGGCAAGAAAUUCCAAAAUGUAGCCAAAGAAGGAUUGAAACUUGGAGAUGAAUCAGAGAAAAUGAAGGAAAAACGAGAAGAAUUAGAAAAAGAAUAUGAACCUCUUACUGAGUGGCUCAAGGAUAGCGCCCUUAAGGACAAGAUUAAGGAUGCCAAGGUUUCUCAGCGUCUGACCGAGUCACCAUGUGCAUUGGUAGCCAGUUCUUAUGGAUGGUCUGGUAACAUGGAGCGUAUCAUGACAUCACAAGCAUAUGCACAGUCCAAGGAUUCUAACACAGGAUUUUACAAAGGUCAAAAGAAGACUCUGGAGAUCAACCCAAGACAUCCACUUGUGAAAGAACUUCUCCAAAGAGUUGACAGUGAUGCAGAAGACCAAACAGCUAUAGACCUUGCAAAUGUCAUGUUUGAAACUGCCGUCCUCCGCUCUGGAUUCUCACUCGAAGAUCCUGCAGCAUUCGCUGGUAGAAUUGAGAAGAUGUUAAAAAUGAGUAUGAACAUCGAUCCAGAUGCAAAGGCUGAGGAAUGGGAGGAAGAAGAGGAGGAUGAGGAUGAAGCAGAUGAUGAUAGUGAAGAAGAGGUUGAAGAUGAGGAAGCUGAUGAAUCUGAACCAACUACAAAACCAACAGAAGCAAAGAAGGAAGAGGAGGAAAAGGAUGAAAAACAUGAUGAAUUAUAAUAUUGUGAUGCUUUGCAAAAGGAUCAUCAACGAACAUUUCCAAUGCAUAACAACCAUUCUGGAAUCUGCCCUCUAGGGGGCGACAAAUAUUGCUUCAACUCAUCAUUAUUUAUAUUGUCUACAUAUUGAGCAAGCAAGAAGUUCAAGUUAAAUUUUAGUUUAUUUUUUUGGUGUAUCCUCUCUUUUUAGAUAGCACAUAUUCAUGUUUUGAAGGACAAUUUCAUAACGAGUUCUCUAAUCUGCUUUUUAAAAACAAUGGAACAGUUUUGUUUCAGCCCCAAGAACAUAUGUUUUUAUUCAGAUUUUACUAUUUCAAUGGUUUUAUUUUUUAUUUUACUAGGUUUUUUUUCCUGGGGACAUCUGAUUUUUAAGAAAAUUUUUAAUAAUAUAAUUGUUAAAAACCAACUGUAUUAAAAUCUAAUUGGUUGCCACGGUGUUGGACAAAGAAUAUUGGGCAUUCGAAAUGCUGUAUAAAAGUAGUGUCACCCUGAUUAGGUUAUCCAAGGUCAUUGACUUUUGUACCAAUAUGCAACAAAAAUUACCAGAAUGUACAAAUUAGCUAAUUGGUAAAACUUACUUGUUACACAUUAAAUGGAUAUAUUUGUUGUUUAUCGUAAAAAAAACAUAAAAUAAAAGAAUAAAUGUAUUACUUUCAUUACUAUGGCACAUGUAUUUUAUAAUUAAAAGUGUCCAAAUUGUGAGCCAUA